GCCGCAAUCCCUAAAUUCCCUCGCCGAGCAAGCCCACCCAACCAUCCCAAGCCUCAAAUUCUCUUCUCAUCUCCCCUCCGAAGAGCUUGGCGAAGACGAAGGGAUCCGUCAAAAUUCAAUUCGCCUCAAUUGAGAAUUUGAUCGACCGAUCGGAAAAGAAGAAGAAUUAAGAAGAUGCCUUCCGAGGAGUUGGCCGCCGGCGGGUGGAGGGAGAAGCAGCAUCACCAGCACCAGCAUCAGCAGCUAGAGAUCCGCCAGGUGUGGGCGGACAACGUGGACCGCGAGUUCAAGCUGAUCCGCGCGGCCAUCGAGCACUUCCCCUACGUGUCCAUGGACACGGAGUUCCCGGGCGUCAUCCACCGCCCCUCCAAGCACCCCGCCGCCAUGACCCCCGCCGAGCGCUACGCCCUCAUCAAGUCCAACGUCGACGCGCUCCACCUCAUCCAGGUCGGCCUCACCUUCGCCGCCUCCCCGACCUCCCCGCCCGCCCUCGCCUUCGAGGUCAACCUCCGCGAGUUCGACCCGCGCGUGCACCGCCACGCCCCGGACUCGGUCCAGCUCCUUGCCUCCAGCGGCCUCGACCUGGCCGCGCACCGCGCCAGGGGCGUCAGCGCGCGCGCCUUCGCGGCGCUGCUCAUGUCGUCGGGCCUGGUGUGCAACCCGGAGGUGGCCUGGGUCACCUUCCACUCCGCCUACGACUUCGCCUACCUCGUCAAGAUCCUCAUGGGCCGCAAACUCCCGCGCUCGCUGCCCGAGUUUUUGAAAUACGUGCGCGUCUACUUCGGGCCCGAGGUGUACGACGUCAAGCACAUGAUGCGCUUCUGCGGCGGGCUCUUCGGCGGGCUGGAGCGCGUCGCGGCGGCGCUCGAGGUGAGGCGCGCCGCGGGGCGGUGCCACCAGGCCGCGUCCGACAGCAUCCUCACCUGGGACACGUUCCGGCAGAUGAAGCGCCUCUACUUCGCCAAGGAAGGCACAACGGAGCUAUGCGCCGGCGUGCUCUUCGGCCUCGAGCUCGAAGACACCGCCAAGCCCAGAUGAUUGUCUCUUCUCCUCUCUUGUACAGAGCAGCGCAUUUGCUGCUCCUCUCCCGAAAUGAAUUCGGGACAAUAAUUAACACGAAGAGAGAAAAAGACGGUUCUUUGAUUGGUUAA